GCUUGGUCCUUGGUAAAUGAACCAAAAGAAUUUAAAGUUUUCUUGCCUUCUACGCUUCUGCACUGGAAAAUGACAUUUAUCUUUCUUCUCCAUUAAGCAACUGCAUUACAAAAGGGAGUUUAGGAUUGUCAUUGCAACAUGCCUGAUAAGUUUUGAAGCUCAGAGAGUUGUUUUGUGAGAAGCACUAAGCAUUACAUUGUAUGCGAUGGCUGAGCCUAACGCCCAACACAGCUUGAGGUCUCUGCUCUGCACUGAAGAAAGAGAUUUCUUGAUCAAAAACAAUGGAGAACAGGUUAAAAUAGAGGAACUGGAAGGGAAAAUAGUGGGUUUGUAUUUUUCUGCCCACUGGUGUCCUCCAUGCAGGGCAUUCACUCCUAUUCUUUCAGGAGUGUAUACAAAGUUAGUGGAGAAUGGGGAUUUUGAGAUCAUCUUUAUCUCUGAAGAUAAAGACGAGAAAUCAUUUGAAGAGUAUCACAAGACCAUGCCAUGGCUUGCCUUGCCAUUUUCAGAGAAGCAGGCCAAAGAGAAACUUGAUCAGGAAUUUGAUGUCGAAGGCAUUCCCACCCUUAUCAUUUUAGACCAGAAGUGCAAAACUAUCAGUACUGAUGGUGUAAGUAUCAUUAGAGAUUAUGGUGCUCAGGCAUAUCCAUUUAGCAAAGAGAGGCUUGGUGAACUUAAAGCUGAGGAGGAGGCCAUCAGGCUUUCACAGUCCUUGAAUUCUCUUCUUGUCUCUCCUGACAGAGAUUUUGUCAUUGGCAAUGGAGGAAGAAAUGUGCCUAUAUUGGAGCUAGUAGGCAAGACUGUUUGUCUCUAUUUUUCAGCUCACUGGUGCCCUCCUUGUAGAGGGUUCACUCCAAAGCUUAUACAAUUCUACAAUGAUCUGAAGAGCAGAGGUGAGGAAUUGGAGAUUGUGUUUAUCUCCAGUGACCAAGAUACAGAGUCCUUCCAAGAAUAUUUUGGAAGCAUGCCAUGGCUUGCUCUGCCUUAUGGUGAUCAAAAGGUGAAUUAUCUGGAGCGAUACUUUGAAAUUGAAGGCAUCCCAACCUUGAUUGUGCUUGGUCCAGAUGGGAAAACAUUACAAACAGAAGCCGUGGAACUGGUCAGGGAUCACGGUGUUGAAGUUUAUCCAUUUACAAAGGAGAAAUUGGAUGAACUCAAAGCCAAAGAGGAAGCUAUUCGUGCUGCACAGACCUUGGAAUCCCUGCUAGUCUCUGAUGAGCGCGAUUUUGUUAUCACAAACAGUGGUGGAAAGGUGCCAGUUUCUGAGCUCACAGGCAAGACGGUUGGUUUAUAUUUUUCUGCUCAUUGGUGCCCACCUUGCCAAGGAUUCACACCAAAGCUUGUUCAAGUAUACAAUAAGCUCAAGGAAAAUGGAGAAGCCUUUGAGAUUGUUUUCCUCUCUAGUGACAAAGACCAAGAAGCCUUCGAAGAGUAUUAUGCAAGCAUGCCGUGGUUAGCUCUUCCAUUUGGAGACAAAGUGAAGAAGGAUCUAAGCCGGUACUUCAGCAUUAAAGGAAUUCCAUCUUUGGUCAUAGUUGGCCCUGAUGGAAAAACUGUGACAACAGAUGCCAGAAACCUUCUUUCUGUUCAUGGGGUCAAGGCUUAUCCCUUUACUGAUGCCCGCCUGGUAGAGCUGGAGAAAGAAAUGGAAGUAGCAGCAGAAAAACAUCCAAAGGAAAUAAAGAGCGACCUGCAUGAACAUUCUCUGAAUUUGAUUCAGAGGAAGGCCUAUUUCUGUGAUGGGUGUCAAGAAAAAGGGAGUGCUUGGUCUUUCUACUGCAAAGAAUGUGAUUUUGAUCUUCAUCCAGAUUGUGCUUUGAAGGAUAACCGCCCUGAUGAAUAUGAGAAACAGCAGACACAAGGCAAGGGUUUUGAAAAUGAGGACAAGCCAGCAGAAGUGAUCUGUGAAGGGGAUGUUUGUCGAAGGGUUUAAGCAUGUGAGAAAGUAAGGCCUUUAGAGGGCCUUUUUCAUAGGCUUCCCAAUAUAGCAUAUGGAGGGUUAUAUUAUAUAAUAUAUACUAUAUAAGCAGUUUGAACAUACUUUUUCAUAGGCUUCCCAAUAUAGCAUAUGGAGGGUUAUAUUAUAUAAUAUAUACUAUAUAAGCAGUUUGAACAUACUCUGAAUCUCUUUCUCUCUGUCUAAAUGGUUGUGCAUAGGCUUUAUGGCCUAAAGCUUGUUUAGUAUGUGUAUGAUAUUGACUUAUUAUGUAUAACAGGGUCUUUAGCUACUACA